AUGCCCUUUUUUGAUAAAGUUAUUAAUAUAUUUCGAACAUCCGGUUCGGAUGAUUCAAAACGUAAACUUCCGCCUAUUAUUCAGGUGAACAUCAAUCCAUCAGACUCAUGGCAAAUUAUAAGUGAGCUAGGUGAUGGAGCAUUCGGUAAAGUGCAUAAAGUAUCUUCUAAGAGUGACAAGAAGUUGUUAGCUGCUGCGAAAGCUAUAGAAGUACAAGAAGGAGAAGUAUUGGAAGAUUUUCUUAUCGAAAUAGAGAUUCUAACUGCAUGUCAUCAUCCCAAUGUCGUUGAAUUGUAUGCUGCAUAUUUUAUAGAAAAUAAAUUACACAUGAUGUUGGAAUUUUGUGCUGGUGGAGCUGUUGAUGGUAUCAUGAUAGAGCUGGAGAAACCUCUUACUGAACCUCAAAUUCGUUGUAUUGCCAAAUCUGUUAAUAAUGCUUUGAUAUUUUUGCAUGAUAACUUAGUUAUUCAUCGUGAUCUUAAAGCGGGAAAUAUAUUAAUAACGCAUGAUGCUGUGAUAAAAUUAGCUGAUUUUGGAGUCAGUGCCAAACUUAAACACGAAAAUGAAAAGCGGGAUACUUUCAUUGGAACUCCUUACUGGAUGGCGCCAGAAGUUAUGAUGUGUGAAACAUUUAAAGACCAACCCUACUCAACCGUAUCUGAUAUUUGGUCAUUCGGUAUUACAUUAAUAGAAAUGGCUCAGAUGGAGCCUCCUCAUUCAAAUCUGUCACCUAUGAGAGUUUUAAUCAAAGUUCAAAAAUCAGAACCUCCUACAUUAGAAAAGGCUGAUUCGUUUAGUGCCGAUUUUUCUGACUUUCUUACAAAAUGUUUGAAAAAGAAUCCAAAUGAGCGUCUGGACGCCAAGGCCUUGCAAUCACAUCCUUUCUUGCAAAAAGUACAAGACAUGAAACCAAUUCAAAACUUGUUAGCUGAAGUGAACGCUGAGGUUCAAGAAGAAAUAAUUGAAGUCGAUGAACACGCUAGCUCUGAGGGAAGUCUUCAUGAUUCUGAAGAUCGAAGUGAAAUCGUAUUCACUCCUGAUUUGCAUCCGAUUGAAGAAAAUCACUCGAAAAAGAAUGCACCUGCUCCUCCUCCUCCAGAGAAACCCAGUAAAGAUGUGACAUUAACAGAAAUUGAAAACGUUUCCAGUAGCAGUCUCAACGAAAGUUCCAACAAAUUGAAACUAUCACUUGUUCUUGAUGAUUCCUCUAGCUCGGAUCCUGAACCCAUUGUUAGUCCUCAGACUCAAGCUCUGCAUAUAUUAGAUGAUCUGAACGAUGCUUUGGGUGAAGACUCAAAUGUAUCAUCUAAGAGAUUGGACACAUCGAACUUGAACUCUCCUACUAUUGUUCAACAAAACGGAAAUAACCAACAGUCACAGGGAGCAGAAAUGAAGAUACUGGAUGAUCUUAAUGCUGCUCUGAGUGCGGAUUCCAAGCUGUCCGUGACAAAAGAGAAUGGUUCGGAUUUGCGAAGUGCUUCUCCUAUGGAUAAGGGUGAUCAUUCUCCCACUGCUGAUGUGCUCCGAAAGCCCACAAAAGAAGAAGGGAACGGGCAGAGGAGGAAUAAUGAAUAUUUCGAUGAAAAAACGAGUCAAGGAGUGUCGGCAGCACCACCUGAGCCUCCAGUCGAUUAUGAGGAAAGCAUGAAAGAAAACUACAUCAAGAACAAUGCAGGAAUCCUUCCUCCUAUAAUGAAACAACCUGGAGAGCCCCGUAUCGGAGGUCGUGGAAAUCAACACCGUAAAACGGUUACUAAGAAAACUCGCGUAUAUAUGAUUGAUGGAAUGCAAGUAACAUCGACAACUGUACACAUUCUUGGAGCUAAACAAGAUCUUCAAUUGAAGAAGCAACAGUUACAAGAUCUGCGCCGUAUACAGAGAGAGGAAGCAAGACAAAAGCAAGAAUUGCAGUCAGAGGCAGUUUUAUUAGCUGAGCAACAGGACAAGAAGUUUCAGAGCGAGAAAGCUGCGUUGCUGAAACAAUACGAUUUUGAUAUGGAGAGCUUAGAGCGAAAGCAAAAAAAAGAAAUGGAAGAAGCAGAAAAGGCACAAGAAGAAGAGAUGCGUCAAGUUCAGAAGAAACUCAAGUCUGAUAGAGAAAAAGAUUUGAAAUGUUUCCGGGAACGGCUGAAGUUAGAAAAGAAAUUUGCGAAGCAAGAAGUUGAUCUCUUACCUCGUGCUCAAAGAAAGGAAAUCAUGAAAGUGAAGCAAGACUGCCUGGAACACGAAUGCAGAAUGAAAGAAGCUGAGUUUGUAUUGCACACUCAGAAAAGUUCUGAAGCAGCUCUAGCGAGGUUGGCACAGAAACACAAAGAAGCCAUAGCUCAAUUGGAGAGAAAUUUCCUCGUAUCUCGUCAUUUAUUGUUACGUUCUCGCGAAAACAGUGAUUGGGAUUUGGAAGCCAAACAAAUGGGAGAAAAGUUCAUAUUGCAUCGUCGUUUACUUAAGGAUGAGUAUCUUCUUCUGAGAUCACAAAUGCUGGUUCGACAUCAGCAAGAACUUAAUCAUGUACAAAAAAUUCAACACGAAGAAGAAACAGAAAUGAUCAGAGCAUUACAAGCAGAUCGCAAGAAGUUGCCUAAAGUUCUACGUCAAGAAGCGAAAACGCGCAGUAUUAUGUUUAAAGAGAGUCUUAAAAUAGGAUCACAGAAUCUAACACAAGACGAGUUAGUUGAAAAGCUCCGAAGGUUUGAAGAGACGGAAUCCAAUCGAAUCAAAAUAACAUUGGAAGAAUACGAUAUUAAAUGUAAUAAGAAAUUGAGUGCAUUGAAGAAGCUUCAGCAUACAACGUCAUCGGAGUUAGAAAUGAUGCAAAAUGAGAAGAGGAAACAAUUGCUUGAGAAAGAACAAGUAACAAUGGGUGAACAUGAAAGGAAAUAUGUAGAAAUGAAGGAACAAUGGGAAGCUGAGCUUGUUUCAAGAAAAACGACGCUAGAACAGCAAUUUGGAAAUGAGCUUGAUGCUCAAGAGAAGUUUUAUGGAGUUAUGUUACCCCCGUUGUCAUCAUCGGCUUCUAAUACUCCUCUCUUAUCAAAUCGUUUUGUUUGA